AUAUAUUGGUUCAUCUUGUUUACUUUUUACUUUUUUCUUAAAUUGUCAAAGAAUUUACAUGUUUCUUAUUAAUUUAGUAGUUCUAAUUAAUAUUCCUGGUGCUGGCUCCUCCAAGGGUGCAAAUCAUGAAUUGACCAACAUGUUUGAUGUCCUAAAUAAUAAUGAUUACUUUGGCCUGUUCACUAAUGACUCUGCUGCUGGAGUUGAGGCUGGCUACUCUUUUGGUGCAAAUCAUGGCUUGCCAUAUGUGUUUGAUGCCUCAAAUGAUCGUGAUAACAUUGGCCUGUUCACUGAUGACUCUGCUUUAGGAAUUGCGGAGUUGCAAUUGGCUACUCCUUUGCUGCAAAUCAUGACUUGCCAUAUGUGUUUGAUGCCCGAAAUGAUUAUGAUAACAUUGGCCUGUUCACUGGUGACUCUACUGCAGGACUUGGGGCUGGCUACUUCUUUGGUGCAAAUCACGACUUGCCACAUGUGUUUGAUGCCCAAAAUGAUUAUGAUAACAUUGGCCUGUUCACUGAUAACUCUACUGCUGGAGUUGGGGUUGGCUGCUCCUUUGGUGCAAAUCAUUACUUGUCAUAUGUGUUUGAUGCCUCAAAUGAUCAUGAUAACAUUGGCCUGUUCAUUGAUGACUCUACUACUGGAGUUGGGUCUGGCUACUCCUUUGGUGCAAAUCAUGACUUGCCAUAUGUGUUUGAUACCCUGAAAGAUCAUGAUAACUUUGGUCUAUUCAUUGAUGACUCUACUGCAGCUAUGAUGGCUUGAAGCUGUCAUUCACAGAUAUGAGGUGAUUUGCUAGGGUCCGCUUGCUUAAAAAUCAGGUUAAGGGAGCAAACAAGAAUUGGGUUGUCAAAAUUUGAGCAUGUUGGUGAAGUUGUGGAUUCAAAGAAGUAUGAUUUUCCUAGAUAUGCUGUUCUAAAUGCAUCAAAAGGCCAUAUAACUAUAGUACUUUUCAAAGAUGAUUCUCCUGAGACUAUUGACCAAUUUCUUGACUUAUGAAAGAUUAUCUACUAUUAUGGGGAUCAUGAUCAACAGGUAUGGGUCUAUAUGCAAAUCAGGAUAGAUAAGUCAACUCCUAAUGACUUCAAUACUUUGAAGAAAGUAUGUCUCAUUUAGACCUAGCAAUUUGUGUCAUUAUCGUGUAAAAUAUUAUAUUUGUAUCUUAUUUUAUACGAAAAUCGCGUCACAAUUUGUGUCAAU